GAAAAGGCUUUAGACAAGGAAAAUGGCUGGAUUUUUACCCUGGCUUUGAUUUAUUAUGCUUUUAUGUAUUUUUUGAGAGAGUCUUACUCUAUCCCCCUGGGUUGAGUACCAUUGCAUCAUAGCUCACAAAAACCUCAAACUCUUGGGCUCAAGUGAUCUUCUUGCCUCAGCCUCCUAAGUAGCUGGGACCAAAGGUGUCAAAGGUCACAGCGCCCAGCUAGUUUUUCUAUUUUUAGAGACGAGGACUCCCUCUCGCUCAGGUUGGUCUCGAACACCUGAUCUCAAGCAAUCCUCCGCCUUGGCCUCCCAGUGCUGGGAUUACAGGCCUGAGCCACUGAGCCUGGCUAUUAUUAUGUCUUUCGACUAAUUAAAUAUUUGAAAGGGGGAUUUGGCACGUGGGAGAGAAGGAGUGUAGGCAGGGAGAGAGGGUGAUUGAGGGUGUGGGGGAGGCCAGGGCAGGCGCCAGGGGAACCUUCCAGAGAAGUUGACGGCCAGCAGGCCCUGCAAGGGAUGGGUGUGGCCAGUGUGAGCAGGAAAGUUGGUGAAGGUGGAAGUUGGUGGAGGUGGAUAUAAGUUGGGACGUAAAGAAGCUAGAGAUGUGGCAGCCAGAAGGUCUGGAUUAGCGUACGGGCGGUUGCGGGGGUGGAGCAGUGGGAGCUGGAGGAAUCUAUGCAGGAGGGAAGAUAGGGCGAUCCGGAGAAGGGGAAGUUCAACGUGAAGGUGUCGGGAACCCUACUCACCCUCAAACGGCAGCGGGACGAAAUUCUCUAAAAAUCUCCCACAGGAGGGAAAAUUUGAAACCCGACACACACACCGGAGAAGGGAGAAGACAGCCGUCUGCAAGUCAAAGCCAGAAGCCUGGAACACAGCCUUCCCGGGGAACCUGCAGGAGGAACAAACCCUGCUCGCACCUAACCUCCCAAAUUAUUCUCUCUCUCCUGCGCUAGAGAGCCGCGAUGUCAGCCUAGCUCACAGCAACCUCAAACUCUUGGUCUCAAGCAAUUCUCCUGCCUCAGUCCCCCAAGUAGUUGGGACUACAGGUGUUCACCACAACACCCUGCUAAUUUUCCUAUUUUUAGUAAAUGUGGGGCCUCACUUUUGCUCAGGUUGGUCUCAAACUCCUGAGCUCAAGAAAUCCUCCCACUUCAGCUUCCCAGAGUGCUACGGUUAUCAGUGUGUAAUUUAUUUUCAAGGUACUGAGCUCUGGGAACCACUUGUUUUCUGUCUAUAAAUAUCAGGACUUGUCACUCUGCAUUUCAGCAGUCACUGGACUUCAACAUGGUCAUUUCUCAGUUGCUGGCCUAUGUGGCGAUUUUGUUUUCCUGUGUCUUAAAAGCCAGCUCUCUGGACACUUUUAUUGCAGCUGUUUAUGAGCAUGCCGUGGUAUUGCCUAAUGCCACCCUAACACCAGUGUCUCGUGAGGAGGCGUUGGCAUUAAUGAAUCAGAAUCUGGACCUUUUGGAAGGAGCGAUCAUAUCAGCAGCACAGCAGGGUGCACAUAUUAUUGUGACUCCAGAAGACAGUAUAUAUGGCUGGAGCUUCACCAGAGAAUCUCUCUACCCAUACUUGGAGGAUAUCCCACACCCUCAAGUAAACUGGAUCCCCUGUAAUAAUCCUAACAGGUUUGGCCACACCCCAGUACAAGAACGCCUCAGCUGUCUGGCCAAGGAUAACUUUAUCUACGUUGUGGCAAAUAUUGGGGACAAGAAGCCAUGCAAUGCCAGUGAUCCUCAGUGUCCCCAUGAUGGCCAUUACCAAUACAACACUAAUGUGGUGUUUGAUUCUCAGGGUAGGCUGGUGGCACGCUACCAUAAGCAUAACCUUUUCAUGGGUGAAAAUCAAUUCAAUGUACCCAUGGAGCCUGAGGUUGUGACCUUCAACACCACCUUUGGAAGGUUUGGCAUUUUCACGUGCUUCGAUAUACUCUUCUAUGACCCUGCUGUCACCCUGGUGAAGGAUUUCCACGUGGACACCAUACUCUUCCCGACAGCUUGGAUGAAUGUUUUGCCACAUCUGUCAGCUAUUGAAUUCCACUCAGCUUGGGCUAUGGGAAUGGGGAUCAAUUUUCUUGCAUCUAAUAUACAUUACCCCUCAAUGAAAAUGACAGGAAGUGGCAUCUAUGCACCCGAUUCUGCAAGAGCAUUUCAUUAUGAUAUGAAGACAGAGGAGGGAAAACUCCUCCUCUCACAACUGGAGUCCCACCCAUACCACUCUGUAGUAAACUGGGCGUCUUACGCCAGCAGUGUAGAAGCACCAUCAACUGGAAACCCAGAAUUUAAGGGCAUCAUCUUUUUUGAUGAAUACACCUUUGUGGAGCUCACAGGAGUCACUGCGAAUUACACAGUUUGUCAGAAAGAUCUCUGUUGUCAUCUAAGCUACCAGAUGUCAGAGAAGAGAGCAGAUGAGGUUUAUGUCCUUGGGGCAUUUGAUGGACUGCACACCGUGGAAGGUCAAUAUCAUCUACAGGUUUGCACGCUGUUGAAGUGUAGAACGACUGACUUAAACACUUGUGGUGACUCAACUGAAGUAGCUUCUACCAGGUUUGAAAUGUUCUCCCUCAGUGGCACUUUUGGAACCCCGUAUGUCUUCCCUGAGGUGUUGUUGAGUGAGAUUCAGCUUGCACCUGGAGAAUUUCAGGUGUCAAGUGAUGGACGCUUGCUUAGUCUGAAGCCAACAUCUAGACCUGUCUUAACAGUGACUCUGUUUGGGAGGCUGUAUGAGAAGGACCGGCCAUCAAACACCUCAUCAGACCUCUUAGCACAAACACUACAAAUAAUGCUAGCAGUUAUAAUACUUACUGUAUACUCAUUACAUUGGUACAAUAUUUAUGUUUUCUCUCUUUUGUUUGGGAUAAUUUAAAAAAAUUGACAGAGG